CAGACAGCGCAGGCGCUUGUCGACGCCGAACGGCAGCCCGAGUCCCGUGAGGCCGUCGCGGCUGUCCCGAUCGAUGGGGACGCUCGCGAGACCGGAGCACCAGUUCCGCGAGAUGAAGGUCAACGGUCGCGCCGAGCCCGCCGCUCAGGAGUCCUCCGGCCGAGGAUGGUUCAAGUCGCUCACUCGCAAGAACAAGACCAGCGCCAAGACCAUCGAUAAGAAGUCAAGAAUACCGGAGAGCGAAAUUUUGACAACGGGCACGGAGGACGAGGAAGCCUCGUCGGCCCCGGAACGAGCCUCUGUACAGAAGAAUCUGCGUUUCUUCGGGGACACGGAUCAGGAGUCGAUCUCGUCCAGUCGCGAUCGCAGAAACAAACGAGGAGAUAAUCACCAUCACAGCAAGACGCUGGGAAACUCGCGCCAUCCGAUGGGAAUGUCGCUGCCGCCGCGCAAGACCUCGAGGCUGGCCGAGAGCGCCCUGUCGUCCGGCGAGAGCACCACCGGCGACAGCAGCCAGCAGAGCCAAAACUCCCAGCGAUCCCAGAGAUCGGUCGUCUAUCUGCACGCAGCUACAGUUGGCGAGAUACCCGGGCCGAACGAGAGAAGGCGCGCGGCCAGCCGCGAGGAGCUGAACCGGCCGCUGGCCGCGCACACGCGCACCGUGUCGCGCAGCGUGAGCGUGCUGGCGCCCUGGCGGCCGCGGCACUAUCGCGAGCCCUACGAGAUCAAUUACGACCAGCAGCAGCAGUACGCCAAGCCGCUGAGGCGCAGGCAGCGCAGCCGCGAGACCCUCAGCCGCCGCGCCAAGGAGACGAGGCGCGGCUCCAAAGACGCCAACGCCACUUCCAAAUCCAGCACCAUCAAUCGCAGCACCCUCAAGUCGAAGGACAAGCAGAAGGUUAGCAGAACCGUGUCCACCGAGUCGUUGGCCAGCAAGUCCCGGAACGUCGUGAGCUCGCGGCCGGAACUCAGCAGGUCCACGUCCGUGCCGCGCGACCCCAACAAGAGCGCGGGCUGGUUCAAACUGAAGAGCAAAAAGUCCCGGGCCUGAACGAAGAAUUCCCGCAGGCCAUACAGACCGCAAUGCUAGUCUUGACUUUUUAUUCGAAAAAAAAAACAAAAACAAAAACAAAACAAAGUUAUCAAUUUUUUUAACGUUUAAGCCCCUGUUAACUCAUCUUUAAACUUACACUCUUGCGUUUUUUUUUCUAACUUGUAAACAGCUAAUAAGCGUCGCUCUCUUGCAUUUGGGAUUAUUCUGAUGCGUGCACAAUUGAAAAAACACUGUUACUUGCGUAAUUUGUACCAUGAUCUUUUUUUUCCAAAUGUUUAUCUUUGAAUCCGUAUACUUCCAAUCCUUCACAAAGAGUGUCACAUCGCACAAUUCACGCGUUAGUAAAAAUGCAAUACGGACGUAACACAUUCGAAAUACUUAUUUUUUAAAUUUUUACGUUAUUUUUAUUGAAAAAAAUCACGACAAAACUGUCACUACGAUUAUUUUAUUUAUAAAUUUAUUGUACCCACUCUCUCUACCAGAUUUACUUGUUUAAAUUUCUAGGCUAUAGAUGAGAAUGCGUUCAGUAUGAAAUGGAUAUUGUAUUAAUAGCUUGGGUUUUGUAUUUGGACGUUGAUUUUGGAUCAAAAUUAAUUAAUAUUUCUAUCUAAAAAAAACUUUAAUCGAUUCACCGUGAAUCAAUGUGCCAUUUUUGAAAAUUCACCCAAGAAAAAUCAUUGAAUUAUCAAAAUACAAAAUUACACACUCAAAGUUUUAAAUGACCUUUUAAAAUGUGAGAGAUGCAUGACAAGAACGCAUUUUCUACUGUUACUGAUGAACUCUAUCAACGUUUUUGGUAGAAUAUUAAGCUAUGUUCUACUUUUUUUAUUGUAAAUAAUUGUACUAAUAAUAUAGCAAAUAUUUUUUACAUUAUCUUGCUUAUUUAUUAAAAUUGUUAUCACCCAUGUGGUGUAAAAACAGUUAUAAUCAUGUUGUCAUUAUGAAAAUGAUUGAAAUUGUUAUAAGAAUGUUAACUUGAAAAAAAAGAGUAAAAGUAUGUAUAUCUUGCGUAAAUAAUUUACGAAGGCCAUUUCAAUACGUUCGUAUAAAAAUAUAUGGCGUUACUUGCAUAAAAAAUGCAUACUUGACAACAUGCUUAAAUGUUUAACCCAACAAAACUAAAUUCCUAUAUGGUGCUACUAAGCAAGUUUGCGUUUGUAUAUAAAUUGAUAUGACUAGUGUAAAUACCAUAGAAUUUUAAUGCUGAACUAAAAUGUAUUUAUAAAAUAAAAUCUGGAUUAACAAAUAGGUAUAAUUUUGCUAAAAUAUAGGUACGAAUUGUCCUAUAAAGAGAUAGCGCAUAAGAUAUUAUAUUUGUAACACAUUUAAACAGUUUGCAAGAAAU